AUGAAUUUAGGGUUUCUAAUUGGAGUUCUCGGCGUCCUUAUUCUUUCCCACGCCGCUUAUUCGACAAUCCAAUAUAGAGGACUGUUGAAGAUCACGGAGGAAGAGUUCUCCGGACCGCCGUUGAAUGUUGUUCUGGAGCUGAUCAUUGGACUAGCUCUCUGUAUGUGGGCUGCUUUGACUUUCCCUGGGAAGUUUCUCUCAAUCCACCCAGAUUCCGAUGAGAACAGGGCGGUGUCUUUACCAGAUAACUCGGAUUUCAUGAUAUUCAACCACCGUGGCCGACUGUUCCCACCACAGAUCGACAUGAAGUUUUGA